CCUGGUGGGAAAGGCACUUGCGGGGUGACAUAAAAGCUGCAUUUUGUGACGCCUGGCGCAGAUUCCAUUUCAGAAGCUGUCGAUUCGAGACGAGACGAUGACCUCCAUCACCUUUGCAUUGUUUCUCUUUGCUGGUCUCCAAGGCUGCGCUCUGACCUUUAAUGCUGAUGGCUUUCAAGACACACAAGACACAGUGAUGGUGGCUGGCAGCCCGUGUGACGACUGCACCCAAAUAGUGAACCUCCUUGUUGACCUGCUAUCCAACGCAGACCUCCAGAGAAAGAUCACGGAGGGCCUUGGCAACCUAUGUAACCACCUGCCUGGGAAAGCCAGCAUGAUUGAACUCUGCAAGCAGGAGGUGGACAAAAUCCUGCCGAUAGCCAUCAGCUUCAUCACCGCUGUAGCGAAGCCGCAGGACAUGUGCAGAAUCAUUGGCCUGUGCGGCUCCAACGACAAGCAGGAAGUGCUCAGCUACUCAGUCAGCGAGGCCCUGCAGGCGGCCAUGACGGGUGACGACGCGAGGCCCACUUCGUCGUGCGCCUUCUGCAUCUCCUUCAUCAAGACAUUGGACAGCUUGCUGCCCAAAGACAGGACUGAGGAGGCUGUGUUGAAACUGCUGGAGGACAUUUGUCGCAUUCUCCCCAAGUCUUACCGCGGUCAGUGCGAGAUGGUCAUUGGCAGGUUCGGCAAGGCGGUGAUGGACGCCAUUCUGAGCUACGCCACCCCGCAGGCCAUCUGCGACCUCAUGCGCCUGUGCCAGAGUCAGGAGGGUCCCCUCAUCGACCCCUGCACGGUGACGACAUACAGGUGCAGAGACCUGCCGACCUCUCUCAAGUGUGGAACUCUCUUCUACUGUCAGACAUUUGCCUGGAAGCCCCUCAGCUCCAACACACUGUGAACAACAGAGUGGAGUUCGUGCGACUGAGCCAGCUGAAAAAUAUCUUGAGAUAAUAUUCCAUUGAUCAUCUUUAUCAUCUUUUUCUGCCUUUUUUUAUUCCCGCUCUUAUUCCUUCCACUUCCGCGUGUCCAACACCCAAAACAUGUCCCGUGUCCCCCGCCCUUAAGUGCCCCUUACAUUGGUUCCGGUAUUGUGUGCAUAGAAGGAAAUAUAUCAAUUAAAUUCAUGUACGCCCAGUAUGAUUUUUGUGCUAGUCUGCAUUUUAUAACAAUGUACUGUACCACAUGUAUUAAAUUGAUUUGAAGUA